GCGGAGCUAAAUAAUCCCCACAGGACGUAUGAGUUAUAGUUUGAGUUUGCCUUCUGUUCGCUGCGCUACUUAACCUGUGAUGAUGUCCCUCUAUAUUUAAGUGAACGAAGAUGGCUAUGAAGACGAAUCAUCUAUGAAAAAAUGGCUAGGUACCGGUGCGCUUUGAUUUGGUUGGGACUGACAGUCGGGGAGGUGUGGAGCAACGCAAGCACCCUUACGGACGGCGUGUCCGGCAGCAGUGCCUUAUCCGCCGGAGGCAACGGCACCCGGCCGGAACUCGGCGUGCAGACAACGCGGGGUAGUCGCUCAGGCCUGCUGGUGCUGCGCCGUUUGUUCCAGGACAACAUGGCGGCGUACAAGCGCCGCUUCUCCACCCCUUCGACGAGCGGCGAAGCCCCCAGCGCCAGCGCGCCGACCUCGCCACCGCGCGUGCAGCGCCAGCGCGCCGACCUCGCCACCGCGCGUGCCGCUUGGAUUCACGCGAGGGACACCAUUGACCCAGCAUGGGCCCGACUGAUGCGUGAUAUUGUGUGUGCCAGAGAAGUGGAGCCUACAGCGACCGCAAGCCAACUCAACUUCAGGCCCUGUCGUUGA